UAAAGCAUACUUGCUCACCAAGUUUCCAUGCUCAUAGGACAUCAUAUAUAGGUGAAAGCUCUCAAAGAUGUCCGUCCUGCAUAGACCGAGAGUGAGUCUCCGACGAUCAUCGCCAUCGUUGCCGGUUCUCGGAAGUCUCCCCAGUUCGUCGAGUCAUCGCUAGGCAUAAGUAUCGUGUAGUACCUCAUAUAAUCAACUGCACGUUCACGGGCUUUGCGGAUUUAUUAGUUUCGGCGCCGAUGUUAAGUUCGAGAGUCAAAAGAUAAAUUCAAUGUUAGUCGAGCUCUACUAGAUAAGGCUAUAAGAAGCUAUAAGUAUAAGAUGAGGACAAGCUGGCUUCCGCCAUAAACCUGUGAAGCUAUCAAACUAUUCUAGUUCGACAUUGAUAUUCACCAUGCAGCCUAUCAAGAUCUACAAUGGGCCUCACGGUCAAGGACCUAACCCUUGGAAACCCAUCAUUGUAGCUGAAGAGCUCGGUAUACCAUAUGAUAUCGUCUGGAUUCCGUAUAGCGAGAUCAAAUCCGAACCGUACACUUCUCUGAAUCCCAAUGGACGGCUUCCCGCCAUGGUCGACCCGAAUAAGAAUGUGACACUCUGGGAGUCUGGCGCUAUCAUCAACUAUCUCAUCGCCACCUACGACAAGGACCUCACGCUCACGUAUGGAGACGAUAGACUUCAGGAGAAGUGGCAGCUUCAGAGUUGGCUCAUGUUCCAGAUGAGCGGCCAAGGCCCUAUGUUUGGCCAAAAGGUAUGGUUCACGCACAUCCACAUAGAGCAGAACGUGCAGACGGCAAUAGAUCGCUACGCGGCUGAGGCCAGGCGCAUCAUGGGCGUCGUGAACGACUCGCUGCGCAAACAGAGGCAGGAGCUAGGCCUAUCUUCCGACGAACCUGUUUGGCUCGUCGGCGACAAGUGUACGUACGCGGACCUCUCGUUCGUGUCAUGGAAUACUCUCCUCGGCACUGUCUUCCCCGGAGGCACUUUGGAUCUGGAGAAGGAAUUUCCCGAAUACUACCGCUGGAACGCGAACAUGACGAAACGGCCUGCUACGAAGAAGGUCCUGGAGCUUAGGGAAGAGGGUAUACGGUCGAUGAAAGAUACUGCUAGCCAGGUUGUUGAGCGGCAGAAGGAUGCUAGGAAACUGCCGACUUAUGAGAAAUCCCUGGGCGUUGACAAUUAGUUUCUUG